CGUCACUGCGCGCUGUCGUUAGGUGGGGCGGGGGCCGUGUUGUUGCUAUCGUCUUGCGGGGGGACGCGAAGACUCUUUCACACCAUUCAGAUUUGGAUUAGCUGAACCACGGAUAACAUUUAUAUCAUCAACUCCGUAAAGGAUCCCGCUGUUUGCCAUCUCGAGUCAACAUGGGGAGCUGUUUAACUGUGGGGCCGAACGAAGCUCUGGUGGUCUCCGGUGGUUGUUGUGGCUCUGAUACAAAGACCUACGCUGUGGGAGGCUGGGCCUGGGCUUGGUGUCUCAUCUCGGACACUCAGAGGAUAACCCUGGAGAUCAUGACUCUGCAGCCCCGAUGUGAGGACGUGGAGACAGCAGAGGGGGUAGCCAUCACGGUCACAGGUGUGGCUCAGGUGAAAGUCAUGACGGAGCAUGACUUACUGGCAGUGGCUUGUGAGCAGUUCCUGGGUAAAUCGGUCAUGGAAAUCAAAGCUGUGGUUCUGCAGACUUUGGAGGGACAUCUGCGCUCCAUUCUAGGUACCUUGACUGUAGAGCAGAUCUAUCAGGACAGAGACCAGUUCGCUAAACUGGUGAGGGAGGUAGCAGCUCCCGACGUGGGCAGGAUGGGCAUCGAGAUUCUCAGCUUUACCAUCAAGGAUGUGUACGAUAAACUGGAUUACCUGAGCUCCCUGGGGAAGACCCAGACUGCAGCCGUCCAGAGGGACGCAGACAUCGGCGUGGCUGAGGCAGAGAGGGAUGCUGGGAUACGGGAAGCCGAGUGUAAGAAGGAGAUGAUGCACGUCAAAUUCCAGGCUGACACCAAGAUGGCCGAUUCCAAACGAGAACUGGAGCUGCAGAAAGCUAAUUUCAACCAGGAAGUCAACACUAAGAAAGCGGAGGCCCAGCUGGCGUACGAGCUGCAGGCAGCCAAGGAGCAGCAGAAGAUCUGCCUGGAGGAGAUUGAGAUCGAAGUGGUGCAGAGGAAGAAGCAGAUCACCAUUGAGGAGAGGGAGAUCGAGCGGACAGACAAGGAGCUCAUCGCCACAGUCAAGAGGCCCGCUGAGGCAGAGGCCUACAAAAUGCAGCAGCUGGCCGAGGGGCAGAAGACGAAGACGGUGCUGAUAGCUCAGGCUCAGGCCGAAAAGAUCAGGAAGAUCGGCGAGGCGGAGGCUUCCUCCAUCGAGGCCGUGGGCAAGGCGGAGGCUGAGAAGAUGAGACUGAAGGCUGAGGCCUACCAGCAGUACGGAGAGGCAGCUAAGACCGCCCUGGUCCUGGAGGCCCUGCCUAAGAUUGCUUCCAAGGUGGCUGCGCCAUUAGCCAAGACCAAUGAGAUCGUCAUGCUCAGUGGGGACGGCAACCGGCUGACCAGCGAGGUCAACCGCCUGUUGGCUGAACUUCCUGUGUCAGUCAACGCUCUCACUGGAGUGGAUUUGUCAAAGAUCCCGUUGCUGCAGAAGAUGACCGGUGCUCAAGCCUGAAAGCCGACUCCUCCACACGACUCCAGUAUCUCUCGUAUGCACUCUGAUAGACUGCCUUUAAUACACUUGAAGAAUUUUGUUGUUUUAUACGUAUAUACUGUAAACCAAGUGGAUUUUUGGAAACCUCUGGUGCCUUACUUUACACAGGGCCAGAAUAUCUGCAUGCACUGCUGCUCAUUCAAAGAUUUUUUUUAUUUUGUGUUAACAUGGGAACAUUUUGUGUUGUGUUUUUAUCCAGGUUAUAUUAAUAAUAACACCUAAAUCUUCUGUAUUUAUACAUUGAGGGUCCGGCUUUCACUUUUUACACUCCGUACGUCGCAGGCCUUUGUCGUUUUAUAUACCUCUUUCUUUAUCGUUAGACACAUCUGCAUUCCCUAGAGAACAUUAAUCUUUUUCUCGUGGAGCUUUUCUUUGUAUUCUACAUGUUGUAAUAUUUAACGAUUUGUUAUUUUGGGUCACUGAUUGAUUCUUACAAUGCAACAGGUGCUCAAAAUCUUAAAAGAAGCCCCCUCUCAUUGUGCAAAGUGUGUCUGUUCCCCUGAAAUAAGUUUAAUUGUCAACAAACUGUUGAUGUCAGGCAUAAUACAUAUGCUUAUCAUUGACAUGUUGGCAGGAAAACGGGAAGAAAAAUCUGAUCUUGUGCUGAUAUGGUUAGCUUGUAGCGUGUUCCUUUUAAUAUUUAGUGGAAAACUGUUAGUAGUUUCGGCCUAGAUCAAGAGUCUGUGUUAAAAAGAAAGAAAGAAUGAGGGGCAAACUGUACGAAAGGCCGAACAGCGAUGCCAAAUAGAAUAGGUUGUCUUUUAAUUAGUCGUAUUGUCGUUAUCAGAAGGAUUUUGGGAUACUGUACAGUUUAUCUGAUGUGUAAUUUCAUACCACAAAUACCUGUAGAUGCUAAGUCACGUUCGACAGGGUGCGUCAAACAAACCAAACUCCUACACUUUACACAGAAACACACUUUUCUGUUCAAUGUUUGCACACGUUUGCAUUGAUUUGUUUUUAAUAACUGUGACAUAAAAAAAAUAGAAGGACCUUUUAGCACUUUGUGUGUGCGCUUUAACUUAUCAAACAAUUUUUGUCUGUUUUUAAAUCAGUGAUAUUGCUGUUUGUAAAUGUUUUUGGGGGUCCAAAGCACCAAAUGUUAAAAAGGGAGAGUUCAGAUGUUUAGAAGUGUGGUUGUAGGAGCCACUUCUCCAUAGUCAGCGUGUUAGCUACAGUACAUGCUGCUAAAUGUCAUUUUGCCUCAGAACCAAAGGGAGUUGCUUGUCUACCACUGCCUCCACCGGUUAGUAAGUUAGUUAGUUAUUGUGUGUCUUAACUGAAUGCGAACUAACAACUUUCAAACACCAAAGUCGCUCAUUAACGCAGACUAACUAACCGAUGGAGGCAGCGGUAGAGCAGCAACUCCCGUGUCCUGCAAGGUAAAAAUGACUGUUGUCUGGUGGCUUUGAAGAGAGCAGAGAUAACGGGUCGUAAUAGGCUGUCUGACAGCGAGGUGUGAAAAUAUUCUAAAUAUAGCGUAUAGACAGACAGAUAUUAGGUGUCUAAACUAGAGACGGUCCGAUACCAUUUUUUGCUUCCCGAUACCGAUUCCGAUACCUGAACUUGCGUAUCGGCCGAUACCGAGUACCGAUCUGAUACCAGUGUGUCAUA